CUUACUCUCUUGGCAAAUAUCAAGCACUGCGUGUCUGUUGUGGUCAGUGAGAAGCAGCGAUGGCAUCCUCCUCAAAUGUUCUGCGGGAAAUGCAACGCGACCUCGAGAGCAAAGCGAACGAUCUAAGCCAACUUCAAAAAGAUAUAGCCAAGAACCAUCAAGUCCGAAAGAAAUACACAAUUCAACUCGGUGAAAAUGAGCUUGUCCUCAAGGAAUUGGAUCUCUUGAAUGAAGACGCCAAUGUGUACAAACUGAUUGGGCCAGUUCUGGUGAAGCAGGACCUGGCAGAGGCUAGCGCCAAUGUCAAGAAGCGAAUUGAUUACAUCUCAGCGGAAUUGAAGCGUUUGGAUGCCACUCUUCAAGAUUUAGAUGAAAAGCAGCACAGCAAGAAAGAAAUGAUCUUUAAAUUACAACAGAGAAUUCAAUCCUCCCAGGCAGGAAAGGUCAAAGCUUAAUGUACAUAAAUGUGAUGUCUGUCAAUGGUGCAAAGUGGUAUAACCUGUGUUCGUUUUUGAGAAUUUCAAAAGUUUGUGGAGCCUCAGUGUGGGAGUUUAUUGUGGUUUUAGUUUUAUGGAACAAAAAAGCAAUCUUAGAUAAUCUGUUCUUGAAUGAAUCACUCAUUUUCAAUUUUUGGAUGAUAUUAUAGAAGUAUUACUCCAUGAGAUUUAAUAUUUAAGCAUUGGUAUUGGAAAAAUAGUUAUAGACUUA